UUAUUUUUCUUUCAGACCUGAAAACUGCCCUUCGACUUGAGACAAUUCUGACCACCCAAUAUGGAAGAUAUUCAAAUGACAGCUGACUGUGAUUCCAACAUUUCACUCUUCAGAUAUGAAGCUGAUGAAUGGUUGAAUUUCUUUGUCCGUGUUGUAACCAUUCUAAUAUUCCUGUUGAACGUAUUUCUUAUUGCCGCCAUUUUCCUAGAUCGAAAAUCUCACGGGAAAACACGCACUUUAUCAUUAUUGAACUACAUGUUGAACUACGCUCUGUUUGCUUUACUCUAUUAUUUCCAGAACGUGCAUGCCCGUGUAACCCGAGAUUUAUCUCAGUCUAGCUGUCUGUUUAUCAUUCUAUCAUAUGCCUUUCUAAAGGAAGGACAUAAAUAUUCCUUAUUCCCAGUUUGCAUUGAUUUUAUUGUGAAAUAUUUUAAACCGAGUAAAUACGAAAAUAAAAGUUUUCUACGUACACAGUUCAUAUUAAUAGGAAUAUUUUGGGCCUUUGUAUUGAUCAAAGAAUUGGUAAUCAUUCUAGCUUUCUCGGAACCUGGUGCAUACGGAUGUUCUGUUCAUUUACAUAUAAAUUCCAAGCUUGCCGCAUUUGUAAUCGCAAUUCUGUUGACGAUUGCAAUGUUAGUGUUUAUAGGCUUGUUGAUCUACAUUGCUAUCAAGGGCAAAGAAUGUGAGAUGAUGAAAUCACCAUUAAUAACUUUUGUAAUUUUUGUUAUUUUGGUAGUUAUUUUACAUCUUGGAAAAACUUUAUUUUAUGUUGGACUUUGGGGGGCAAUAACUUAUAACAUAUUCUUCACUUACAAGCUCGUACAUUUUGUUGGCUUCUUGCUUUUGCCGUUUUUGUGGUUUUUUGAUGCCACUAUAAGACGAAGUAUUCGGAAAUUAUGUUCAGGGAAACGUAAAAAAACGGUAGCUACCCCAUCUCUUGAAUUAACUACAGAACUAAAUUAA